AUGCGCGAGGCUGCGCGGGCGGCAGCGAGAAGCGCACUGGUGGAAGACGAGAGCGCCUCAAACUCAGACUCCUUCGAAGACAAGCUUGUUGCAGUGAAGGAAGCGGGGAGAGCGAAACGUUUGGAGCGCGAGGCGUUCGCGCCGACGUUCAUGGACGAGAUGGCUUCCAUUCCCGCGGAAUUUAAAAAGAAUAAGAGCAUAUACACCGCGGCCGCGGAGGGUUCGAUGUCGUCCUCCGGCGGCGACGACAACAGCGGAGUCGACAGCAUCAUCAGAGUCCUUGCAGGCUUGAUCACGAUCGGGUUGAUAUUGGUGUUCAUUCCUUCCGACCUCACCGUGACCGCGCCGGUGCCGCAGAGAGAAUUAUCGAGUGAUAUCCUCGAGCAGGUCGCGAAACAAGUGGAAGAGUACGAGAAAGCCCUCCGAUCCUCGCCCGAGGACGUCGACAAACUCAGGGUAGCGGCGGAGUCGUACAUCGUUCUAGAGGAUUACGCCGCUGCGGCACCGCUCCUCGCGCGCUUGCUCGAGAUAGAACCAAGUGUGGACAACGUAGACAACCUCGCAGACGUGUACAAAGCCGCAGGUAUGAAGGCCAAGGCCGCAGAGGUGUACAAAAACGCGGUGAAUGCGGCGUGGAGUGGGGAAGUGCCGAGCUCGUUGUUACUAAAAGGACUGAUUGACGCGUUAAACGCAGACGGACGGUACGGCUUGUCGUUGUCGUACGUGAAAUCGUUCGCGGAGAAGAACAUGGCGGACGACGUGGAUGUACUCUUGCUUGAGGCGAGGGUAUACUCCAGCUGGAUAGGUCACGGAAAGGACGCGGAGGCGACGUAUCAGAAAGUCAUUGACGCGCACGGGGAAGACUUCCGCGGAUACCUUGCCAAAGGGGUUUUUUGCCGCGAGAUCGGGAAGCCCGCGGAAGCGGACGCGCUGUUUCGGCAAGCAAAAUCGAUCGCGCCAGAGGAUAUGCGAGAUGUCGUCAGCGCGGUGAUCUCUCAGGCGAUGAGUGGAAACUAA